UAGUCUAACAAAUAACUCUACCAUUAUAAGGUCUCUCUCCACCCCCCUCGCUUCCAGUCCACCAUGGAACUUUUCUACUGCUCCCUCUUCCUCAUCUUCCUUCUCUUGUUCCUAAAGUUCCGAAGUUCUGGUGGCAGGCCCCAUUCCAAACUGCCCCCAGGACCAUGGGAGCUCCCCAUCAUCGGCAGCAUCCACCACCUCAUUGGCUCUCUGCCGCACCGGUCCUUCCGAGACUUGGCAAGGAAACAUGGACCGCUCAUGCUUGUAAAGCUUGGUGAGGUCCCAACCCUCGUCGUCUCCUCCCCAGAAGCAGCCAAAGAGAUCAUGAAGAGCCAUGACAUCGCCUUCUGCAGCAGACCCCUGACCGUAGCUCUCAAGAUACUUACAUACGGCGGCAAGGACCUUAUUUUUGCCCCCUACGGCGACUACUGGAGGCAGUUGCGAAAGAUCUGCAUCUUGGAGCUGCUAAGCCCCAAGCGCGUACAAUCAUUUCAAUCCAUUCGGGAGGAGGAAGUGAUGAACCUCAUCCAGUCCAUUUCGUCGACAAAUAAUGCCUCGCCGGUGAACCUUAGCGAUCAACUUUUUACGAUGACAAAUAACAUUACGACGAGGGCUGUCAUCGGAAACAAGUGCAAGGAUCAAAGUGCAUUUUUAGCAGCAUUGACCGAUUCGAUAGAGGCAGCAGGGGGCUUCAAUCUAGCCGACUUGUUCCCGUCAUCAUCCAUCGUGAGUUUCGUCAGCGGGAUGACGCUCAAGGUGCAGAGGUGCCGCGAAAAGGUUGAUCAGAUCUUGGAUGGCAUCAUCCGAGAACACAAAGAGAGGACAAAGACUGAAUCCACGGAGGAGGAUUUGCUUGACAUCCUCCUAAUAAUUCAGGAGGAAGGUGGCCUUGAAUUACCUCUCACAAUGGAUGCCGUUAAAGCUGUUAUCUUUGACAUUAUUGGAGCCGGAAGCGAGACAUCAGCCACCACUCUGGAAUGGGCCAUGUCGGAGCUCAUUAGGCAUCCAAGAGUGAUGAAGCACGCACAGUCAGAGGUAAGGGACAUAUUUGGAGAAAGGGCAAAGGUGACUGAAGCAAAGAUCAAGGAAUUACACUACUUAAAACUAGUCAUCAAAGAGGCUCUUAGACUGCACGUUCCAGUGCCACUGCUACUUCCUCGAGAGUGUCGAGAGACAUGUGAAGUGCUUGGAUACGAGAUUCCUGCGAAGACAAGAGUGGUUGUGAAUGCAUGGGCAAUUGGGAGAGAUCCACAACACUGGGGCGACGCCGAGGAAUUCAAGCCUGAGAGAUUUGCAGGUACUGACAUUGACUUCAAGGGAACCGAUUUCGAGUUCAUACCUUUCGGCGCUGGAAGGAGGAUAUGUCCCGGGAUGUCAUUUGGGCUAGCGAACGUGGAGCUUGCCCUUGCUUGUCUUCUCUACUAUUUUGACUGGAAACUUCCAAAUGGGAUGGAACCCAAUGAUCUCGACAUGGCCGAGUCCUUUGGAGCGACUGCUAGAAGGAGAUUGGAGCUGUAUUUACAUGGUAUCCCUCAUACUUCUUGUCCUACACCAUAGAUGUGAAUUCUGAAAAGUAACUUCACGCUCUAUAUGGUAAUCCAACAUAUUGUCCUGCCUAGCAAGGUCCAAGAGUGAUUCUAAGUUACUUGUGAAGGGUCGU